AUGUCCUCCAGGUGGUCCUUGGUCCUGCUGGUCCUGCCGGUCCUCUGGGCUGCGGCUGAAGCCCAGCUCCGGGUCUUCAACCUUCGGGCCAGCGACCUUCCCUCCGACAUCCUGGGAAUCACCGACGGCUACGUGAAGGUGUUCUGCAGCUCAACGUUUGUGGGCGAAACGUCCGUCCGCGACAACAACGCCAACCCCUGGUGGGAGGAGGAGUUCACCCACUUCCUGGUUCAGGAGAAUGACAUCCUGAGGCUGGAGGUUCACGACUCGGACUUCCUGUUCGACGACCUGCUGGGAGUCUGCGAGAGACCGGUGAAGAACGGAACCCAUGAGCACGACUGUUUCCUGGAGGAGGGAGGAGUCCUGCAUUACACCUACACUCUGGGCGGAAACCAGAUGUAG